AUGCAUAUUAUAAAGUUUAACAAGACAAAGAGCGUUCAUAGAGAGAAGGACAUAUUGAAUUAGCUUAAAGAUCAUCCAAAUGUCAUUAAAUUGGAGAAUACUUUCCAGGAUAAACAAAAUUUGUAUUUUGUAUUUGAGCACUGUCCAAAUGGAACUCUAAGCAAUUUAAUUUCUAAAAAUGAAACUAUGCAUUAGAGAAAUAUAAUGCACAGAGAUUUAAAGCCAGAAAAUAUACUUCUAACUUAAGACUAUCAUAUAAAAAUUAUUGACUUCGGAGAUUCAAAUUAUAUAAUCGAUCCAGAUUAGAAGCAAGAAGAAUCUCAAAGUGAAUAAACACAGCCCACAUAAGAAUCAGAGGGUGAAGAAUUCAGAACUAGUAGAUUGAGCGGGUCUGAUUAUAAUAGUUUUACUGCUAUCGCAAAGGACAAUGAAAGGCGAGGAACUUUCGUGGGAACUGCAUUUUAUGUCUCACCAGAGAUGCUCAAAGAUAACAUUGCUGGUUCAGCCUCUGAUUUAUGGGCAUUAGGCUGCAUUAUUUAUAAAAUGCUUACUGGAGACGUACCUUUUCAGGGAACUAGCGACUACUUUACUUUCUAAUAAAUACUCUCUGGAAAAGUUAACUUUCCAGAAGAUUCAGAUUUAAGUGAAGCCAGCAAAGACCUUAUCAUUAGUUUAUUGAAGCUUGAUAAAGAUGAAAGAUUAGGAGCUGGAAGAGAAGGCUCGGAAAAUGACUAUAGAGCUCUUAAAAAUCACAGAUUUUUCAAAGAAAUCAAUUUUGACAAAGUUAAUGAGAUGCUCGUCCCAUUAAUUAGAAAAUUUUCAGAAUCUGAUGAUCUUAAAAACUAGACUUAGCUUCAGUAAUGGACCGAUGUCGGAGCUGAUGAUGAAAAUAUUGUAAUAUAUUAAAACGAACUUAAAAAGAAGAAUAAGUAUUACUGGCCAUAAUUAAGGUUUUUCAUACUCACUAAAAAUGGUUAACUUAGUUACUUUAAGGACAAAGCAUUAUAUAGAGGGUAAAUUAGACUAUGCAAGGAAACUAAGGUAGUCAAGACAGCUAAGGAUAAAUUUGAGAUUUAGACUCCAACUAGAACUUUUUAUCUCAGUGAAUCUGACAAUUCUAAAUUGUCCAGUGACAUCUGGAUAGAUAAAAUAAGAGAAGUCAUUGAAAAGCUUAAGCUAGUUAAUUGA